AUGCCACCAUUAAAUAAUGAACAGUUGGCUGAAUUAAAUAGUGAAAGCAUUGAAGAAAAAGAUGAUAAUGUAGAAGAAAUUGAAAAGAAAUUUAAAAAUUGGCUCCUUCAACCUGAUCAAGAGUACGAGUACAAUUUAAGCUCUCAAUUGGAAGAGGCAGGAGACGAACUUAAUGAUUUAACUUUUGGAACAGAAGUAAAUAUUGGAAAAGAUUUUGAUUUUUUUGAAAAUAAUACUAAAAUUACCGAUACAAUAAAGAAUGAAGAAGCUUUAUAUGUUAAUCGAGGGGAAGACUUUAAUGCGGAAUUUUUCGAUGAUAUAAAUAAUCAUAGGGCAUCUUCCUAUUCAUCUUUAUGGGGAAAUGAUCCAGAGACUAUAGCCAAUGGAAAAUCUGGACAUACAAAAGAAAUUAUAGGAACACCAACGUUACCCGAGUCACCAAUAAGUCCUUCAAUAUGGGGAUCUUUUCAUCCUCAAUCAAAUCGUAGAGAUUCUCUUAGUCUUAUUCAAGAAAGUAAUAAUAUCAAUAACAUGACAGGUCAUUACGGUAUUCCUCAACGAUACCCUCCUCUCCAAACAUCUCCUCCACCUGGGGGAAUUCCUGAAAAAAGGAUGUUGAGUUUAGCAGAAGUUGAGGCUGCUAUAUUAGGUUUAAAUGGUAUCCCUCCUCCUCUUCCUAUGUUUCCUUCAACAACAGAUGCUGCUUUGAGAGAACAGGAAAAAAUAUCAAAAUACAAUGGUCUUAUGACCCAAAGUGAUAAAGAUUAUGUAAACCGCAUUCAAAUAUCACAGCUCGUUACUGAUGAUCCUUAUGCUGAUGACUUUUAUUGUCAAGUUUAUUCCGCAGUGCGAUCACGACAACCACAACCACACAUGGGUAACUUUUCACAUCAUCAUGGUGGUAAUAAUGGUGGAGGUUUCAUGGGUCAUGAACGUGGUCGACAUCGAAGUAGAGGAUCAGAAAGCGGUUUAUUCAAGAUGCAACAACAAGUUUUACGAAUAGUAAAUGAUGCUAGAAGGAAACCAAAGUUAACCCAGCUAUCACUUGAAGGUGCUUUGGGUAAAAUUGCACUUAAUUCAGUUCGUAAUCCUAGGCAAUUAUUACAAGUUUCUGCAAAACCACAUGAUACGCAUAAUGCAACUGUUAGUUCUCCUGGACAACAACAACAACAUUUUCAUCAGAAAAUACCCUAUAUUACAACACAUGGUGUCAUGGAUCAUAAAAAGGUAUUACGUUCUAUUGAAAAUUGUUUUUCUGCUGUGAAUGAUGAAUGUUCAAAAAUAAUAAAAUCAAUGUGGGAUGAAUUAAGAGUUGAUGAACAGCCUGUGGGCGCUGGUAUACUCUCAGUAAGAAAAGGGAAAAAGCUUAUUCCACGAAUCAUAAGAUAUUUUGCAUCAGAUCAGAUGAUCAGUUUGCUUAGUGUUUUAGUGAUGAAUUUUGAAUCACUAGAUGUUUGUAAAGGUGCAAUAUGGGGAUCUCAAAUAUACGGUGCCUUAACAAUGCUUGAAGAUGUAGAGCUUUUUAUGAAUACUGUGGUUCCACCUCUAUUGCAAUACGUUGCAGAAGCCCCAAUUCAUAUCAUUAGUAGAUUAUUUGCAUUUUUCCUUGAAAAGAAUCAAAUCAUUUGGGUUUCAAGAUGCAAGGUCGGAUUGGCUUUCUUGACAAUGUUUUUGAGUCGUGCUGAAAUAUUGAAACAAGGACAUUAUGUUUCUUUAUUUCCUCCAUUUGGAUAUGGUAUUGAUGACAUGUAUGUAUGGCAAUUUCUUGCGGCAAUGGCUGUUGGUGCUUCAAUUGAGCAACAACAUGUUUUAGUAACUGAAGUGAGAGAGAGAGUAAUUGAAACAAUAUCAAAAGCUAACAAUAGAUUUGCAUCAGAUAAAACAGUUCAUAAAAUUGCAAAUGUCAAUUUAUUUUUAAAUGCAUUAGGACUUGAUGCAUCUCAGUUAAAUCUUUAG